UAUGCAGAGAGCAAGACCCAUCUCAGCAACUGGAGAAAGACGCCAGCGUCCAACCACAUAAUGUUCCGUCGACUUCUCUACAGAGGUCAGGGAGGUUCUCGCAAAGAGUCCAGUGUAGCUUCGUGUGUUAACCUUUGGCGCAGGAUGGUCCGCCCUGCCCUAUUUAUCAUGCAAAUCCUUGCAUAAUUAUAGCCGAUAGUCACCAGGGUAAAAGCUCGACGGUUUUCCUGAGUCCUGAGUCUCGCACUCGUCACUCUAAUCCAUUCCGAGCCAUGGAGACGUCCGUCGCCCCCGCUUCGGAGCUCCCUGUAGCCCCCGCCCCGUCGGCCUCGUCGCCUGGCUCAUCGUCGUCCGCUUCGAGCUCCGGAGGCGAAGAACCGACCGAAAAACUGCCACCCGCCGCUCCAGUGCUCAAACCUCUGGACCCUGCGAGCGACGAGGACGGGGGUGACGCCCCCACAGCGACAGGCAAUGGAGCGGGUGCUCACGGUCUGGCCAGUGCCUUUGGCCUCAUGAAAGAUAGAGCAGCUACAGCCAAGAAGACACUUGGACCGCAACUUCUGAACAUGAAGGACAAGACCAGCAAAAAGUAGGUCCACGACCUAUUUCUAAGGAGAAAUGAGUUUCUAAAUGGCUACAUUGUAGAUUGGAGAAAUAUCAACCCACGAUAGUUAAGGCCAAGACGUCAGCUACUGCGGGGUUGACGACUGCAGCGAGUAAAAUGAAGGAGGGAUCGACCCAGGGCUGGAGUAUGCUGAAGACCAAAUUGGCGGCUGCCGGACCUGUGGCCGAGAAGAUCCACACAAUGGGACUAAAUGUAAUGACUGACAUUUAUCUCGGAGACACUACAGUGGAUGCGCUAGAGUAUGUGGAGGAUCCCAGGAGUGCUAGUUGUCUCUUCCUACACAAGUACAAACUUGGAAAUUCAAGUUCAGACUCGCCAUUGAAGGCAAUGGGACUGCUAAGAAUGACGCGAACGAUCAGCAAUUCGAGUGUCCAUUCGACGGAAAAUGAGCCAGUUACCCCAGUUACUCCAGCAGAUCAAUGCUUCACAACGCCUUAUAUUCUAGGCACUAUUUUGCUGUACUGCGGAGAUUUACCUGUACUGGCGAGAGUGUCCUGUGUGAACAAAGCCUGUCGAGAUUUUAUUGCGUCGGAAAGAAGAUUGGAGAAGUUUUGUGUGCGGUACGGACACCUGCCGCCUAGUCUUCGGUUUGCGUACUGGGAGAAAACCACAAACGUCCAUAAGACUCGAGAUGCCGCUGAACUGGACUACGACACGUACUUGCAGAUGGCUAUCUCAAAGGGCGACGCAACAGAGUCGAUCAUGACGGAUGUACGUCGCACUUACGGCCGUGUAGCCCCUCACAAACGUGCAGCCAACCACAAAGACGAAGUAUCCGAGGAAGACUUGACUACACAGUUGAGUGAGAUUUUACACGCAUUGGCCGGUCGAUUCCCAGCUGUCGGGUAUUGCCAAGGAAUGGAUUACAUCGCUGCCCAUGUACUGAAUAAAGUCAAGAAGAGCGGCUCUGCUGCUGAUACCAAGGCUGAAGCCGAGAGCACCUUCUGGCUGCUGGUGACGCUGUUUGAACGCUAUGAGUUACACGACAUGUUCGCUCCUGGACUGCAUAAACUACAUGUGCAUUGCUUUCAGACGCAGAGGCUGUUGGAGUUGACUGAGCCAGCUCUCGCUGAACAUUUCGCAAGCGAGAAGGUGCCUAUCGAGAUGUUCGCUGUCGGCUGGUUCCAGACGUUGUAUCUGUACUUGAACGUGCUCCCUCAGGACACAUUGAAUCGGAUCUGGGACGUAUUUCUGUUCGAGAAAAACUGGAAGAUCAUGCUUCGAGUGGCACUGACGCUGUUACAGCUCUCCGAGGAGUAUGUGAUGGAAAAACCCAUUGACGAGAUCAUGCAGUUCUUCAACACAUUUGCAGAUAAAGCCGACGAGAUUCUGGCAGAGUCGACACUAACAGAGCGAGCGCUGCGUCUUAAGGUGACAAAUACGGUGCUCUCUAAACUGCAGAAACAACAUAUCAAGCACAAGCGAGCAUCUCCUAUGAAAACUCAGGCAUUCAGUUAAGGUGUCCGUUAAGGAAAGCAUUAGGAUUGAAUUGCAGUUAGCUACCCUAAUCGGAUACGUUAGUGUCUUCUUUUACACUCUAUCCAAGCAGGAACUCUUCCAAUAAGACAGGGACCACUAACUGCGCUUCACA